AUGUGUACAUUCCACACUUGUGUACGACCCGACUGCUUCCGGGCUAGCAAAGACAUGCGUAGAAACCCAUUUAGGAAACGAACGGCAAAUCCGAGUCAGGAGACACAACUGGACACGUCAUUCGUAGCGUUCCAGCCUGUUUUAUUGGACAACCCCCUUUACAGGACAACAGCGGACAGAGAACAGGUUGUCCCAACUUCCCCGGCACAACCCGAACAAGUAAUGGACCAGCGGCACGACGAAAAGGCGGAUCCGGACUACGAUUUCGUCGCUGACGAGGGAGCACGAAGUUCAGCGCCGUCUAACGCCGCAUACACUCCGUCGUUCAAUCCAGUUUACGGUCAGCCUCCAACUGGAACGCCUCUUCGGCAGCCGCCGCAAUCUCAGCACGAGGGAGGGGACGAUGUGCCGAGCAGUCCGUGUCCGCCGUACGUCAGUGUCCGUCCGCUUCCCCCCGACAGUGAAAGACCGUCUAAACGUCAGCAGAGCAAUACAGCGGGCAGUUUACCCCGUAAUGACUAUGAUACUUGUAUGCCAGAGAAUGCUGGCACAGACAUAUGGUCACCUCAACGAGGCGACAUGAGAGAUUCCGUGACGACGUCGAUGCGAUAUCGUUCAGGAAACACGAAGGAAAGUGACAAUAUGCUAUACGAUACUUCCGUCAAACGAAGGUCCGCCAUUUUGUAUCAUCAAUGGGAUAACGACCAAAGAUGGCGGUGGAGAUGUGUCUACAUAUCGCUAGUAAUUCUCUUCUUGACGAGUGCUGGAGGAAUAGGUUUGGCAGUGAAACUGCAGAUGGAAGGUUGCAGCUGUGUCACAGACCCGAUACAAGGAGGAGUACAAAGUCCAAGACAAGAGCAGCCAACUACUGCAGCUCUAAGGUCGAGUUCUCUGCAGCAACAGGUGGACACAAUUAAUUUGACAUUAAAUGAGAGAAUAAAUCAACUUGGUAGCAUUCUUGCUGGACAAGAUGUUCAGGUUGUUGAUGCUCUUGCUCUUAUUAAUUCAGUCAACAAAAGCCUGAACAUGCAAAUUCAGGAGCUCGGGUCUGUGGUUGGUCCUCGUGGUCCAGCUGGUCCAGCAGGACCACAGGGAAAACCAGGAGUAAAUGGAUCGAGAGGUCUACCUGGAAUUUCCAACUGCCAGUCAAGAAGAGAGAUAUGUUCCUCACAAACUACUGUUUCACGAAAGUGCACUACGGGUACUUUGGCCCCCACUUUGGGAUAUGUUAUUUCUGGGAUGACAUGCAGUCCUAAUACUAUGGAGGCAACUGCAACUUUGGAAGUUACCAGUGUAAAUAAGGAGACUGCUUACGUCUGUCAGUGCUCACUGCCCCAAAUAACCGAAAAACCAAGCAAUAAAGUGGAGUGUACCCUUCACUUGUGGGAGUGCAAAACGGGCUCAUAGACCAAUUUCAACCAUCUCGUGUACAUAUUGUGAAGGAAUAGACUGUGUUAAUAGCUGAACAAACCUUGGCUGCACAUGAAGAAAUGUCAGAAACAGGGUAUGACCGUUUGUAAAUAUAUUGUGUCAAAUUAUUUAACUGGAGUAGUAACGUUAUGAAAGAUGUAGUGGUAGUUACUUGUUUUCGAUAUCUACCAAUCAGCUUUUCGUGAAAAUAGUUCAGUUGGAUUUAUGUAAGGGAAUAACAAUUAAACUGUUUCUUGCUUC